UCGCCAAUGCUCUGUUUCCCAGGUGGGCCCAAACCAGUCCCUAGGCACCCGCGAAUCGCGCGAGUGGGGAUGAGACUGGACCACUAGCACGCCUGCCUUGCUGGGUGAGUUCUGUGGCUGCGCGUGCAUGUCUCGAGCUCGUCGCCGCCGGAGACGUGUCUAGCGCGUAAUACAGCUUGGAAAAAUCAGAAAUCGACGCUCGAGAUCGCCUCGAAGUCAUCGUCUCCGACAAGGUUGGAGGCUGGAUUGCACUGACGCGGUUCAAUCUGCUCCGAGGAGUCCCAGAUGCUUCCUUCAAUGCACAAAGCGCAAUCACAUCAGACGUGGUGCAAGUUUCUGGGAGCUCCACUCUGGGAGCUUGGUUCUUGGGAUUUCAGCUCCCACAGACAGACAGGAACAGAAUACAGACGGAAUCCUUUUCAAUAGACGGGAAACUGGACAUUUCCCUGCCAUCUGGAACACAAAUACCGCUCAGCAAAUACCUGGCUGGCAACCGUCGAGCCAGCCAUGAUAAGCUGCAAAAUUUGAUCUUAAACGUUCAGAGUCUGCUUCUUACACGUAGGACAGCCCAUUAUCCAAAGAGUGGAGCUUCUCCUCAGCCUGUUUCGAUUUGAGUUGAUGUUAUCAAGACUCUCGCCAGACUGUAUUACCACGUACUAAUCUGGCACCUCCUUUCCUUCAGCUGGAAUGGCAUCCGCCAGCAGGCAACACUCGAGUUGAGGAGGUAUAAAAUUCUCAUCAUUCUACUGGUCCUUAGGAGUGACUUGACGCGACAGCGAGAUCUGACCUGGCACCUCCCUUGCGACCUGGAGCCACGGCUGGCGCCGAAGCAAAGAUAGGACUCGGAGGAGCGUAGUUUCGACGUGGAUGCAUGAUUGUGCUGUAGCUCACCAAGUUUACUAGGAGCCUGGGAACAAGCCAUCAUGGUUCGAGUGAGCUGGUCAUUCGAAUGACUCAACGCCGUUCUAUCAAUUUACAAGCCCUUCAGCUGCGUUACUGAUCGCCACGUUCAGAGUCACAAUACUAGCUUGCUGCUCGUUCCUACAUACAUGAGCUACUGUUGAAGCGUUUUCCCAGAAUCCUUCACUACUGGGCUAACCAUGGCGCAGGUGAACGUAGUGCGGCCUGCUCCACAGUGUGAGAAUACGAGGCCAUGGAGGGGUGUUGAAGAAGGGAACUUCCCUGGGAAGAGCAGCAGCAGCGCUGGAUGCGUGAGUCAGAGGAAACGCAUGAGUCCAAGGAAGUGCUGGAGUCCAAGGAGAAGCGUGGGUGAAGAAGCGGGCGUCAGAAUGGAUCAGGAAGGGAAAGUGCUGCCAUGGCUCGGCCCGAGAGCAGCUCCAGGCAGUGUCAACUCGAUGGAGGUGGAGGAUUGUGCCGAGCCUGCUGCCGAACCUUGUGCCGAGCCUCGUGCUGAGCCUUGUGCUGAGUCGUCCCUGGAGCGGCCAAGGAGUGCAUCGCCCCACCUUGACUUGAAUCUCAACUCUUCCUCUCCCCAACACUCGUCAGAGCACUGUCCGAGCCCUACAAAGGAGGAGGAGAACGGGAAAGCAGGCCAAGAGCCGAUGGAUUUUCUGGAUCUCAGCAGGGUUCUACCAAAAGCCGAUGGAGCCAGUUCGUCAGCAUCACGGGUUGCUCUCCCUUUCCUCUCCCUCUCAUCCCCACCUGCCGCCAACCCUCCCCACUCAUGGCCGAGCUCUACUUCGCCACCAGCCCCUGUCACUCCAGAUUCCAGCGCUUCUCCUCUUUCCCUCGCCCUCUCCCUCUCGACCCUCCCUGCUGCUGAGCCAUCGACCAACAACCAGCAACCAGCAAACAUUGCAAUCCCCUAUCCUGCGGCUGUCGCCUCUGAUGUGCCACCUGCCGCCCAUACCCUUCCCUCCUCUCCCGAUGCUGCUGCAGCAUGUGUGUCGGUUCAGAAGGCUCGUGCCAGUGUUGUGCUUCAAUCGCAAUGUCAAGCUGCCCCCACCUCGGCUCUAGCGCCUCUCGCUACUCCUAGGCUUUUUGCCCUUACCCCUCAAAUCCUCCUCCCAGCAUUGACAACUCCCGUUCCUCCUCAAGUCUGCCCAUCGUCGUCAUCCACUCCUCUCACGUCUCCUCUCCACGCUGACCGUGCUGGGCUUGUCCGCUCCAUCCUUGCUCUCCCCAAUUCCUCCUCUCUCCUCACCUCCUCUUCUGCUGCUCCUGCGUCCUCUCGGUUCGAUCCAUCCGGGAGUGUGCGAGACCGGCACCCAUCAUCAGCAUCAGCAUCACCAGUGGAUGCAAUUGGGACAGCUGCAGUCAAGACAGUUGCUGCCGGAACAGCAGGAAAAGCCAGAACAGCAGCAACAGCCAGAACAGCAGCAACAGCGGCGGCAGCAGCAGGGGGAGCAUCAGCAUCAGCAGCAGCACCGCCAUCAUCAUCAUCAGGAGCAGCAGCGUCAGCACGAGCAGCGCUGGCAGCAGCAGCAGCAGUGCAGGCAUCCACCAAAGUCCUCCCCAUCUCCACUCCCCGCCCCUCCCUCCCUCCCUGCAAGCUUCCCCUUGCCUUCACCGCCCCACUAAACCCCCCCCCCAAGGGCGGCUUUUCCCCCUCCUUCCGAUCUCCCUCUAACUGCACAAGCAGUCGGGCGCGUGCCAUACGUAAAUCCUCCCCGAAGUCCUGUACUUCAGUUUCGAAGACACGUGCGUUCCCGUCCCUGUCCUUGUCCCUGCAAGGGCGGCGUUCACACUCACCACCUGGGUCCCUACUUGCCAAGCGCAAGGCUGAGGCGAUGGAAUCUGAACCUGCUGGUCCUGGAAUUUCUCUGCGAGGUGCCGCUGCUGCUGCUGCUUCAGCUGUUGCUACGGCUGCUGCUACGGCAGCUGCUACGGCCGCUGCACUUGCCAGUGCCAAACUUCCCUCACUAGACAUUGAGAGUUUGAUAGCUGCAAGGAAGAAGAGGCAGCACGUGGCCCUUUUAGGCCCUCUGGGACUCGUCGUCUCCCCAGGCAGCAGCAGCAGCUGCGGCCAGUCAUCGUCUCCUACCAUCCCACUAGCUGCAUCCGUGCCCGCAUCUCUGUCAUCAGUCCUCUCCUCAUCUUUGCCUGCCACGACUUUCAGCAGCAGCAGUCACAUGCAAACCUCAGCACGGCUCUCUGCUCAGCUUGCUUCCUCUCUCUCUCAGCAAGCCUCAGUGCGCUCCUUCAGCUCGCUUGCAUGCAGCACUGCACCACGCGGCGUGGCUGGGUGCUCUGCACCCACGUUCCCUGCUUCAACUCUUGCACCAGCCAACAUCUCGUCUCCCUCUGCCAUGGCACGAGUGAGGCGGCUCCAGGAGCACGCGGCGGCAGCAGCACUGUCACAGCCAGUGCAGCAGGGUUCAAGGGCGGAACCAGUGAGUGAGGUAGCACGGAUACAGAUGAUCUUUCAGCAUGCAGAAGCUGCAUUUUGCUGCUCUUUAAAAAACUAGGUAGAGAUCAGAAGUGAUAGAUGUACGGCAGAGUUUUCAAAGAUUCCUCUAAAGACUGUUUCACUGCGAUUAUAUUGGAAC